AUGUCUUCCUCAUCAAGUGAUGAAGUAGAUGAGUAUUUAGAAGAAAUGGUCGACGAAGUUGUUGAUAAUUUCAUCGAUUCAGUAGUUGAUGGUCAAGCUAACAACCCGAAGAGACGAGCUUAUAUCGAAAGAAAUCGGGAACGCGGACACAGUCAACUAUUGACCGACUAUUUCAACGAAAAUCCCACAUACCCACCGGAAAUGUUUAGGAGGCGUUUUCGAAUGAACAAGUCAUUGUUCCUUCGCAUUGUCGAUCGCCUAAGUACUGAAGUGCCAUACUUUCAGCAAAGAAAAAAUGCUCACGGAAGGUUCGGGCUAUCUGCACUUCAAAAGUGUACGGCAGCUAUACGUAUGCUGGCAUACGGUCAAUCGGGAGAUACAUAUGACGAGUAUCUCCGACUUGGUGAAAGUACGGCACGUUUAUGUUUGGAAAAUUUCACUGCUGGGAUAAUACAAUUGUUUGGACCGGAGUAUUUACGAAGACCUAAUGAGGAUGAUCUUCAACGAUUACUCGAUAUUGGAGAGGUACGGGGGUUCCCAGGGAUGAUUGGCAGCAUCGACUCAAAAUCCAUUUCCAGUGAUGCGUGGCUUGAGGAUUUUUGUGUGGUUGUUGGCCGUGACAGCAAACCUUCAGCAUUUGGUCUCAAUUUUUAUAGCUCAAUCUUGGGGAUACGCUUGGUCAUGCUCUGGUCGAAGGAGGAAGUGAGAUAA